AAUUGAAUACUUGAAAUUCCACAGAUCCGGCAAGUCUUUGAGGUAUUUCUCUUCCUACCAAGAGUCUGUUACUCUUUUCUUUAUUAACAUGGGAGCUGGUGGCCAAAUGUCUAGACCAAUGAGUAAAACUGAACAAAAGAUUAAAGUGCCACUUUCCAAACCCCCUUUUAUACUUAGUGAACUCAAGAAGGCCAUUCCUCCUCACUGCUUUCAGCGAUCUCUCGUUCGCUCCUUCUCCUACGUUGUUCGGGAUCUCACACUAGUCUUUGUCUUGGGCUAUAUUGCUGCGAAAUACUUCCACCUCCUUCCAUCCCCAUAUUAUUACCUAGCUUGGCCUAUUUACUGGUGUGCUCAAGGUAGUGUUUUCACUGCAAUAUGGGUCAUUGCCCAUGAAUGCGGCCACCAUGGCUUCAGUAAUUACCAAUGGAUAGAUGACACUGUUGGUUUUAUCCUCUACACCUCAAUUUUUGUGCCCUACUUCUCUUGGAAAUUUAGUCAUCGUCGUCACCACUCCAACACGGGUUCCCUUGAGUAUGAUGAAGUGUACGUGCCUAGGCUUAAAUCCGAACUAAGAUGGUUCUCCAAAUAUUUUAACAAUCUACCAGGACGAAUAGUUGCAUUUACCACCACACUCACUAUUGGCUGGCCUUCUUACAUGGCCAUCAAUGCCUCCGGAAGACCUUAUGAUCGUUUUGCAAGUCACUAUAAUCCAUAUAGUCCGAUGUACAAUGACCGUGAGAGGCUACUAAUCUACAUAGCAGAUUUAGGUCUGAUUGCAUUUAUUUAUAUGUUGUAUCGUAUUGCUAUGGUACAAGGGCUAGCUUGGGUUGUAUGCAUGUAUGUGGCGCCCCUCCAAUGUAUGAACAUCCUUGUAGUGGUACUCACUUUUUUGAACCACACUCACGCAUCAGUCCCACAUUAUGAUUCUUCCGAGUGGGAUUGGCUAAGAGGAGCUCUAGCUACGAUAGACAGAGACUGGGGUAUACUAAAUGAGAUUUGUCACAACGUUACAAAUACUCAUGUUUUGCAUCAUCUCUUCACAGCCAUACCACAUUACCAUGCUGUGGAGGCAACCAAAGCUAUCAGGCCAUUACUUGGAGAAUACUACAAUUUUGAUAGUACCCCAGUAUAUAAAGCAAUAUGGAGGAAUAUAAAUGCGUGCAUCUAUGUGGAAAAGAAUGAAGAAUCUCAAGACAGAGGAGUUUAUUGGUAUAAAAACAAACUCUAAAAGCUGAAUGUUUACUUACAAUUUGGCUAUAUGUUAAUCCUUAAUCUGUAGAGGUUGAAUUAAGGUUUACUUAUAAGCUUGUAAUAGUUGUGUUGUUGCAUUUCGAAAUAUAUCAUAUGUUUCAAUAGCCUGAUUAUAACUGUAACUAUAAGUUACGCUGAGUACAAUGGUUAAUUAUCAAUCUUA